AUGUCGAAAAUCAACAACCUUGAAUAUGCUUCCCUCAAUCUCUCCGGAGAUAAUUACCUCCAAUGGGAGCUUGAUACCAAAAUCCUCUUAAGGUCCAGAAACCUUGGUGAUACUAUCACUGAAGGCACUGAGCCAUCAGACAAGGAUAAUUACAAGGCAAUUGUUGUCAUUUGCCAUCACCUUGCUGAAGGUCUCAAGGACCAGUAUCUCACAAUUGAGAAUCCUCUGGAACUUUGGACAGAGUUGAAAACCAGAUUUAAUCAUCAGAAAACUGUGAUAUUGCCAAAAGCCCUUUAUGAUUGGAGAAACCUGAGAAUCCAAGACUAUAAGUCUGUGGAAGAGUAUAACUCGGCUUUGUUCAAAAUAUUCUCAAAGUUGAAACUUUGUGGUGAGACUAUUACUGAUAUGUUGGAGAAAACAUUCUCCACAUUCCACACCAGCAAUGUUGUGCUUCAGCAACAGUACCGAGAGAAAGGUUUCUCCACUUAUGCUGCCUUAAUCUCUUGUUUGUUGCUAGCUGAGUAA